UCCGCGUGAUGACGUGAACCAAUCAGAGUGCAUUGAAGCGUGUAGGAGCCCAUUGGGACAUGCGACGCGAACAAACCUCUAGUGAUUCUGACAUUAAUUUAUAGGUUAAUUAGACAGUUUUUCAUUUAUCAAUAAAUUUCUUCAGUUAUUUUUGUUAUAAAUAUAAUAACGUUAUUGAUGAAAUACAUAAUUUGUGAUGUCGCUAUCAGUGGAUGCAAGUGCACUUGACAUAGAUACUGUUUUAAAUAUUGAUAUUUUAAGGCAGAUAGAAGAUGAUCUUGAUAUAGAUGAGAAGAUUUCUAUACUAUUUUUAAUAAUAGAGGAUUAUGCAAAUAUAUUUAGAGAUGUUUUUAAGCUUUUUGAAAAAGCUACGAAAGAAAAUACGUACAUAAUUACAGAUUAUGUAAAACAGCAAUCAGAGAAAUGGAAAGAUAGAGUUUUAGAAGCAUUAUGCAUUUUAAAUAACCGGGAAGUAAUAAAGAAAUUAAGAUUACGAUUCAGCGAAUUAGAUUUACAAUAUUUUCCAAAAAUUAAAUUAUGUUCAAAAAAUAUAAGUAACAUUGCAAAGUGUUUAUAUGCAGUAUGUGAAUCUUUAGAUGAAGUUGACCAAAAAUUAUUAUUAAAGCUUGUUAAAUCUGAAAAUGCUAAUUAUGAACAUUUAUUAGAUAAUAUAGAUUAUCUUGAAUUACAUAUGCUAUAUUGGAUGGAAAUUGAAUAUAUUACAGUCUCAAAUGAUCAACAUAAUAUGAAAAAAUUAUUAAAGCACUUAAAAAAAUUUGAAAAUUUAAAAACAAUUUGCAUGGAUUUGGAGAAAUUUGGAAAUCAUCUACAUGUAGUCGAUACUCGUGGAACUCUUGGAAUAAAUGAUAAAAGUAAUCUUCAACUAAUUUCUUUAGAAGAAACAUCAUAUAUAGAAAAACACUGUUAUAUAAAAAAGAUACGACCCAUUAAUAGUGGAUUAUGCGUUAUUAUAAAUCAGAUGUAUUUCAGUGAAGAGUACGAAGCACGAUUUGGUACAAAUGCAGAUUGUAUUAAUCUAUCUGAAACAUUUCAAGCUUUUGGAUUCAAAGUUUACCUACUUGAAAAUUUGAAAAAAACUGAAAUGCUAGAAAAAAUAAAAAACAUUCCAAGUGAACAUGGCAUCAACUAUGAUUGUUUGUUUCUUUGCAUUUUAAGUCAUGGAUACGAAGGAGGCAUAAUUACAUCAGACGAGAAAGAAGUUCCACUAGAAGUGAUUGAAAGAACUCUAUGCUGCAUGGAAUUGAGAAAUAUUAUGAAAAUUGUUAUUAUUCAAGCUUGUCAAGGGAAAGUAUGUGGAAGAGCAUUUGUACCAAAGAGAGGAAAUAAUUAUUUAACAGCAGAUGGUAUAUGUGAUUUCUCUAUACCUGCAUCAGAUGAUAUACGCCAAUAUGAAAACUUUUUUAUGUUUAUGUCUACAAUACAAGGCUUUGUAUCAAUACGUCACAAAGAAGAAGGUUCAUGGUUUAUACAAGAAGUUUGUAAAAUUCUUAAAACAUAUGGAAGCCAGCUAACUUUUUUAGAAUGUGUCAGAGAAAUAAUGACAUCUAUUCGAAAGAAACAAGGGAUAAUAGGAGGAAGUCAAGUUGCACAACUAUCAGAGAUACGUCAGGAUCGUUUAGACUCGGAUUUCCAAUUAAAGAAUAAGGUUGAAAAGAUAUGAUUAAACUUAUAUUGAACUUGUUUUAAAUUGCUAUUAAUAUUUUGUAAAUUAUACUAUUAUAUUUUUCACAUUUCAUAAACAAAAUAUAUUGUUGUAUUGUAGAGAAAUGUAUACUAUAUUUAUGUCAUGAACAAAUUUAUAUACAUAACAAUUUAUAUAUAUUUAUAAAUGUUAUACAGUAAAAAUUCUAUAAUUAAUGAUAUAAAUGAAAACAGUAUAAUCCCCACUUGAUUCUUGAACUCGUCCGUAAUAUUACAUAUACACGUACUUCGGAAUGAUCAAAAUAUAUAUAGGAUUUUGAAAUUUUCUUAAAUAUUUUGUAAUAUUUCCGUAUUUGGAAAUAAAUGAUAUAUACAAAAUGUUUCGUAAAAUGUGUUUUUACUGUAAUGACAGAUGUUGAACUUAAAAAUAAUAAAAAAAGUUUAUAUGGUAAAUAUUAAAAUUAGCAAAAGAGUUGAGUACUAAAUUGCACGGUAUUAGAUUAGGUUAUCGUACAGAAAUAUACGUUGUAUAUAUGUAUGAGGUGUAUCUGAAAUAAAAUUAUACUGUAAUGGCGCACCGUUAGGCUGACCAAUCAUCUUUAAAUUUGGCGUUUUUAGGUGCCAUAACGCGCGGGUGAGACGGCCCCGGGCGAGUAUAAAAGCCGACUCGCCUCGAGAGCCAGUAUCAGUUCUGGCUUGAGUCUCAGGGCUUACCCAGAAACUCAUAAGCUUUCCUAGCUUCUCCUGUUUCUAACUUCUGAUUUUGGUAGACGGACGUCUACCCGACUUUUUGUCGGACGUAUCCGACGACCAGUCUGUCGGUAACCCCGAACGAUCCCGGGGAAACCAUCACUCCGGUUUCGACGCACUCGUUCUCGAUCCGGCCCGUCGCAGGGCGCUCCCUCUCGACAUCCCGUUUUUUAUUCGCUCGACGAGGUGAUCUCCUUGACGAGAUCGAUUCUAUUGGGGAGCCCCAAAUUCCUACGAUAGCUCCACUGCCAACGGCGCUGCCUGCCGGGGCAUCGAACCAGUCCUUUUUAGGGUAGACCAGCCGCAAAAACUAGCCAUACUAAUAGCUUGAAUACCAAUCAGCCGUUUUCAUGGGUCUGAAACUUCGAGGUUACUGGGCGCAAAACUGGACGAGAGUUCGCUAGUCAGUAAGUUCCCGUUAGUGGUAAAUCUAUCCGCGCAAUCGAGAAAUAUCCGUUAAUUUAUCCGUCUAAGCGUGCUAGUUAGUAAAUCUCUGGUAGUAAUAAAUCCGUUCGUCCGUACGCGCGAAUCUCUGUCCGCUCAUACGCUAAAUUGUAGGAUUAUAUAAGGAUUUAAAUAAAAUCUUUUAAACUAGAACGAUCUAGUUUACGAACUUGAGUCUUCUCUAUCCCGGGCCUUGAUAUUGGCGAGCCAAUCCGAGGCGACGGGAGAGGUGUACCGUUACAAUACACCUGAUUAACUUGUAAAUGAUAGGUGUUAAGAAAUGGUUGUUCAUAUAAAAGAAAUGGUUGUUCAUAUAAAAGUUACAACUUAUAUCUUACAAGAUAUAAGGAAGCAAGCUGAUUAUCGCCUCCGAUCCUAUUCAUAUUUUAGCGUACACCUACGACCCGACGUAUACCCGACGCAAUUUUUUUAAGUGACACAUAUUUUGAACUCCAAAAGAUGGUACCCUGUUCCAAGAUGAGUUCAACCAUACAUAUGUUAUGAUCUUGAAGCUAAUUCCCAAGAUAUGAAGCUUCAAAUUUGUCAUAACGCAGAUAUUUGCAUUGUUCGAUGUACAUAACGGAAAAAUUGUUUGGUCGGACUUGUACAUCAUAAUAGCCUUGAAAAAGAAUCGAUCUUGUGUGUGUGUGUGUGUGUGUGUGUGCGCGCGCGCGUGUGUGUGUGCGUGUGUGUGUGUAUGUGUGUGUGUAUGUGCGCGCGCGUCCGAGUGUGUGCGUUACAACAGAGAUAACUAGGCUUCCUAACAUCCGAAUAAAUGAUUAUCCGGAUAUCCGAGAUCGGAUUCGAUCUGAGAUUUCAAAUCUACGUCAUCAAAUACAAUGAGAUGCAUGAGAUAAAUGAGAUACGAACAAUUGAAACAUCGCAUCCGAAUCUAAAUUCACGGCGGAGUCGACAGCGACACGUAAUGCAAGAUUACGAUUGCCGGCAGUUUGGAUUUAAUACCAAUUUAAGUAAAAAUAUGAAAUGUAUAGGUUAUCGGAGUAUAAGGAUAUCGCAAGGAUAUCGUAAAUAAUAUAGUAAGGAUAUCGUAAGUAAUAUCGUCUCGCUCGCUAUUUGUCUCUGAGCUUGGUGCUGUUAGGUGUGCUAACGGUUGGAUUUCCGGGGAGAUGAAUAAAUAUUCUUAAUUAUUAUUAUUAUUAUUAUUAUUAUUAUUUAUUAAUGUUCCCCUCGGGGUUACAUGGCAUUUAAGGGAGCGUACUCAAACCCUUUACAACCUUAAUAAAUAUUCUUUUCUUGUAUAAAAUUUAGCGAGAACAAGAUGUUAAGUAGUUGGGUGUGGAAAUAUUGUAAACGUUCGGUAGAUGCUUUAACAGCAAGUUGCAAUAUAUGCUAUGUGGUAUUGCAAACAAAAGGCUCAACAUCUUCAGUAAAUAAACAUUUACGAUUUGUCCAUGGCAUGUUUGAAAACAAUACAGAAAAUAGAAAACGCAGGUUUGGAAAGUUUUUUAUAAUAUAUAUCAUUUUUACAAUAUUAUACAUAAUAAUAUAAAGAGAUAAUUGCAUAAUGAAUUAAUAUUUUAGUAGCAAUAUAUACAAUUACAUUCGACUGAUAUAACUUCAUUCCUUUCCUUUUAAUCACACCGACGACACGCUCGAGAAUGACGAAUCUUAUAAAGAUCCGAAUCGAAUUGCGAGGUCAUCAUCGUCGCGUACAUUAAAUGAAUAUACCCUAAAUAAUCAAACAUCCAAAAAUAUUAAUACGAAACGUCGAGUAGUCUAUGGACAAGUUAACGAUAUUUCACGGCCAUGUAGUGCAGAAAGAGUUGAACUCCUCGACAGAGCUUCGGUAAAAUUGGUAGUAUCGAACCAAUUACCGCUUUCAUUCAUCCAUAGUACCGGUUUUCGUGACUUUAUGAAAUUAAUCGAGCCAAAUUACAAAGUUUCAUGUGAAGCAACAUUCAAAGAAAGAUUAAUGCUUGCUUAUGACGAUGUAAGCUCGCAAAUUAAAACAGAAUUAAAUGCUGCAUUAUCUUUCUCAACCGACUGCUGGACCUCAAAAUCGGAGGAUUUUUAUAUCACCGUAAAUAUUUAUUUUUUAAAUAAGAAAUGGGAAGGAAAGUCUUAUAAUUUAAUUACGACGGCGAUGGACAAAGCGCAUACAAGUACAAACUUAGCUAAUAAAAUUAAAUCGAUUUUAAAUGAGUGGGAAUUGACAAAGCAAUGGCGUUCUCACCGAUAAUGCAGCAAAUAUGCUUGGAGCUUUUAAAAAUAUCAAUGAUAAAAUAAAAUCAGGAAUAUCCUGUGUAACUCAUAUUCUACAACUCAGCGUAAAAGAAGGUUUAAAUGAGCUCAAAAUUCAUCAGAUUUUUUGUACUGUUAAAAAAAUCGUAUCUCUGUUCCAUCAUUCGUAUAAAGCAAGUAACCCAUUUGAAGAGCAACAAAAAGCAAUUGCAUUAUCAGUUUUAAACUAAUUCAAAGUUGCCCUACGCGAUGGAAUUCAAUAUAUUUUAUGCUUGGUC